AUGGCACCCGGUUUAAGUGAAGCUGCUCAAUACAAUGGCAGGAUCACAUGGUUCGUGUUGUUGUCGUGUGUUGUUGCAGCCACCGGAGGACUAAUCUUCGGCUAUGUUACUGCUGUAACCGGUGGAGUGACCUCAAUGGAGCCAUUUCUAAAGAAAUUCUACCCCGAGACUUAUAAAAAGAUGAGCAAGCAAGACGCGCACACGAGCAACUACUGCAAAUUCGACAGUCAGCUCGUCACGCUCUUCACGUCAUCAAUCUUCAUUUCCGGGCUCGUCGCCACUUUCUUCGCCUCAAACAUAACGAAAGCUUUUGGACGCCGCGCAUCCAUCCUCAUAGGUGGCAUCGCCUUGAUGGCCGGCUGUGCUCUCGGAGGCGCCGCCGCCAAUCUCUUCAUGCUCAUGUUCGGCCGCCUUUUGCUUGGAAUCGGUGUUGGCUUCACCAACCAGUCGGUCCCCAUAUACCUCUCGGAAAUGGCGCCCCCAAAAUACAGAGGAGCCUUCAACUUCGCCUUCCACCUCAGCGUCUCUGUCGGCGGCCUCACCUCCUUCCUCGUCAACUACUCCUCCCAAAAAAUCCCCGGCGGCUGGGGCUGGCGUAUUUCCCUCGCCGCCGCCGCCGCCCCUGCCUCUUUCCUCACCUUAUGCGCCCCUUUCCUCCCCGAGACCCCCAACAGCCUCAUCCAGCAGGGCCUCCCCGGCGCUGAGCGCAUGCUCUGCCGUAUCCGCGGCACCGACGAUGUCACCGCGGAGCUCCACGACCUCAUCUCCGCCAGCAAUGCCUCCAAAAAGAUCGAGCGCCCUUUCCGAACCCUCCUCACCCGCCGCUACCGCCCCCAGCUCGCCAUGUCCGUCGCCAUCCCCUUCUUCCAGCAGGUCACAGGCAUAACCGUCAUUUGCUUCUUCGCCCCCAUGCUAUUCGAGGCCACGGGCUCGGGAGCCAGCGCUUCUCUCCUCUCCUCAGUUGCCCUCGGCGCCGUGGGCGUGGGGACCACGCUCUCGUCUCUCUUCUUAGUGGACCGAGUCGGGCGGCGGGCCCUAUUCCAUGCGGGCGGGGCCCAGAUGCUGAUCCCUCAGAUUGCGGUCGGGUGGAUUAUGUCCUCCGGUGGGGGUAGCGUCGGGAGGGUUUACGGCGUGGUGGUGCUUGUCUUGGUUUGCGUGUACGUGGCGGGUUUCGCGAUGUCAUGGGGCCCGCUGGGUUGGCUAGUGACGAGCGAGAUAUUCCCGUUGGAAGUGAGGUCGGCGGCGCAAGGGGUGAAUGUAGGGGUGGGGUUCGUGUCGACGUUUGUGGUGGCGCAGGCAUUCCUGUCGAUGCUGUGCGGGUUGAAGCACGGGAUCUUCUUCUUCUUUGCGGGUUGGGUGGCGGUGAUGACGGGUUUCGUGUAUCUGUUCCUGCCGGAGACGAAGGAUGUGCCGAUAGAGAAGAUGGAUGGGAUAUGGAGGGAGCAUUGGUUUUGGAGGAGGUACGUUUGCGGCGGCGGUGGUGGUGAUGGUGUUAAUAAUAAGGCUAAUGGUGGUGGUUCUGUUGGGGAGGAGGAUUAUUAA